AAUUUCAGAUUAUUUCAUUUUAAUACUUCAUUGUAAAGAUAUGGUAAUUUAUGUUCAUUUUCAGCACAUACACAGAACUCUAUGCACCAGUUGUAAUAGAGGAUGAGGAUUCAGGCAGUGAUGCAGAAAGCCUUAGCAUUUCAAAAGAUACAGAAAUGGAACAACCAUCAGCAGCCAACAUAAUUGCAAAUCUGGCAUCCCAGAUUGAUCACUGUGCCAUCAGCAGAUUCAACAUCUGUCGUUCGGACAUUUGGGAUGGAGCUGUCAGAGGGUUUAAGCGUGGAACCUUUUCUGAAAAGAAGGAUCUUUAUGUAAAUUUCUCUGAUGAUGAAGGGAGGUUGGAAGAAGGUAUCGAUAUGGGUGGCCCAAAAAGAGAAUUUCUCUCCCUACUCAUGAGAAGGCUAAACCAGAGACCCAUUUUUGAUGGACCUCCAGAAAGCAGAUAUCUUGUCUACAAUUCAACAGCUUCAAGAGACAAUGAGUACAGGUUGGCAGGGCAGAUGAUUGCUGUGUCUAUCGUGCAUGGUGGACCUGGACCAAAUUUCCUCUCAAAGGAUCUGGUCAGCUACAUGUCAGGGCAGUCCAGCUUCAACUCAUCUGUAGAAGACAUCAAAGAUGAAGUUAUAGGGACAGUGCUGCAAGAGAUACUGAAUGCAUCCUCGCUGGAAAGCCUGCAAGACCUAAUGCUUAGGCACAGCACAAUGCUGCAGACGGCAGGGUGCUUUAAAAGCGUAGCAUCACUACAGGAAAAGCACUCAGUUGUGAGGGAGUACCUCAGGUGGUACAUAAUUGAACGGAACCACAGUGCAAUUGAAAGCACUGCAGCAGUACCCUGCGGUUAUGGCCCCUCUUCUCUGCCAUGUGGAUAAACGGCUAUCUGCUUUGGAUAUUGAAAACCUGUUCAAACCAGACCUCAGUGAAGCUGGAAGCAACAAGAGGAACCAGGAGGAAAGAACAAUCAGCUUCUGGGCAGACUACCUUCUGGAUUGUGAAGAAAGUGACAGUGUUAUAACGCUGGAAGACAUCUUCAUGUUUGCUACAAGAGUGUCUGGCAUCCCUCCUGCUGGCCUGGAACCUCUGCCAAAACUUCAAUUCCUUGAAAGCUCAAAGUUUCCCAUGGCAAACACAUGUGCCAACAUUUUAAAGCUCCCUCUCCUGGAAAACUACAACACGUUUAAAGAAAAUAUGACUUUUGGGAUCAGGAACUCUCCCGGAUUUGGAUGUAUUUAGUCAUAAACCAUCAACCAUUUCGAAAGAUUUAAAAAUUCAAAAUAUUGUUUUAUAUAUUGUUAUACGUACCUUAGUUAGGCAAUGUUACAAAUUAGCCAUGUUCUUAAGUCUUAAGUAGUUCUCAAUGGCAGCUUCCCAGUUGAGAGGAGUUGGCAAUCCACUUUGUCUCUGCAGCUGACAUAGGCGAGCUUCCAGAUCCUCAUCAGCAUCCAGACUAGUUGCAGGUGGCAUCUGGCUGCUGAACCUUCUCACAGCCUCUGCGGAUGUUGGAAAGCCACAGUUCCUUCCGUUGAACCUUAGAGGAAAAUUUCAAGUACAGACAACCUUUUGCUGUAAUCACACCAUAUAUUUUUUGUUCAAAUAAAUAAUUACUUCAAAUAAA